GCGCCAGUGCCGUAGUCGAGUGCGUCGCGGGUGUACGUUCUUGUAUUGAACUAGCGGCAAACUUCGAAAUCGGCGUCCAGCGCCAACUGUAAACACUAAACAAGACGCGUAACACUUCAGACUGGCAACCGGUCUGUGCUCAAGGAGUCUACGAUCUGUGACAUCGAUGUGUUCAGUGAACAUUGUAUCUGUGUUUCAGUCAAGAUUGUGAUGAUAAUUAUUUGUGUCAGUGAAAACUUUGUUUUUAUGGGAUGACCUGUGUGUUGGAAAAUAGUGUGUUUGGAUUUUCCAGACGGUGAAUUUGCUAUCUAGGGGAGGCAGUGAAAAUGGCGGCUACAAUGUAUCGGUUUUGAACAAUAUGGCCGUCGCCCGCGCGGUCUUGGUGUUGCUAGCAUCCACCGCACAAGCGUGGAUGCCUGAUGCCAAUGCUCGAAUCCAUGUCAAAUAUGGCGAUGAAACUCCGGAGCAGUUUGUGGGCAACACGACGGGACCAAACCACUUCCGUAUCCUAGACAAAGAUGAUUUCUCCAUUUUAGUCGGUGGCAGGAGCAUGGUCUACAAUCUUAGUCUGUACGAUUUAUCAGAAAAUGUAGAGCAGCGGUUAGAAUGGCAGUCCACAGAUGCCCACAGAGAACUUUGCCAGCUAAAAGGGAAGACAGCGGACGAUUGCCAGAACUACUUGCGGGUAGCGACGAGAGCUCAUGGACGCCUGCUCGUGUGUGGCACCAACGCCUUCAAGCCGAUGUGCCGCAGAUAUGCGCGACACCCACCGAACCACCAUCUCGAAGAAUUUGACGGCACUGGCAGAUGUCCGUACAGCCCUCAACAUAACUCCACUGCAAUUUUCACUGAUGGCCAACUUUAUACUGCAACAGCGGCAGAUUUCUCAGGCUCGGAACCUUUGAUAUAUAGGGAACCAGUGCGAACUGAACAUUCCGAUUUACGAUUACUGAAUGAUCCCUCAUUCGUUGGAGCUGUUUCAUCUACGAGCCACGCAUACUUUUUUUACCGAGAAACUGCAGUGGAGUACAUGAACUGUGGAAAGGCUGUAUAUUCGAGAGUAGCGAGAGUUUGUUUGAACGAUAAAGGCGGCCCGCACCCUUUCAACGAUCGAUGGACCUCAUUUCUCAAAGCCCGAUUGAACUGCUCGAUACCCGGAGAGUAUCCGUUCUAUUUUGAUGAAAUCCAGGCAACUACCGAAAUUAUCAAUGGCAUUUAUGGAAGUGGCAGCAGUCGCAACGAUAUAGUCUACGCAGUGUUUACAACACCACAAAAUGCAAUCGGUGGAUCAGCAGUAUGCGCCUUUGCUAUGAGGGAUAUUUUAGACGCUUUCGAAGGACCAUUUAAGGGCCAAAAGAACAUGAACUCGAAUUGGUUGCAAUUGCCAAAGGAAAAAGUGCCACAUCCGCAACCCGGGGCUUGCGUAGAAGACAGUAGAACAUUAUCAGAUUCUGCAAUAAACUUCAUCAAAACGCAUCCACUAAUGAAUAGAGCCGUCCCUUCAUUUUUGGCACGACCAAUCCUUAUAAGAGUCAGUUUGCAAUACAGGUUUUCAGCUAUCGCUAUCCAUCCACAAGUUCAAUCUAUGAACGGUAACAAAUAUGAUGUGAUGUACGUCGGUACCGAUGAUGGUAGAGUCAUAAAAGCAGUCAACGUAGCGUCUAAUGAAGGAGUGUUCGAUUCUAGCAUGGACGAAUAUAGUAGGAAUCCCGUAAGAACAGCCGUCAUUUCUGAAGUGCAAGUACUGCCACCGGGUGUUCCAAUAAAACAAAUGCAUGUUGCUCUAACUACCGAGAAACUGAUCGUCGCGUCCGGGGACAUGAUAAAAGCGGUCACGUUAUCACACUGUACCAACAUUCAAUCAUGCAGAGAAUGCGUCGCAUUACAAGAUCCCCAUUGUGCGUGGGAUUCUAAACAACAACAAUGCUCUUGGGUUGGGAAUAGACAAUUCCCGAACCCGGAAAGAUUUUUACAAAAUAUCGAGAGUGGAAAGACUGAUAUAUGCAACAAACUACCCGCACUCCUGGCGAGCGAGAGGCACAAUAACAGGAGUCCAGCUACGAAGAAGCCGAUUCAAACUGAACCAAACCAACUGCUGCCAAAUAACGAUAUCCAAAAUGAAAUUCUUAUAGAAGUAGUGGAAACUAACGUUUUGUCUGACGAUAAAGGUUCCAGUAACAAUAAGCAUGAAACAGAUUUGUUGACGGUUGAAGCGGCAGACGGCAAUAUCUACAGUGCACAAGCUUUACUAACAGCAGUCGUAGCGUCAUGUCUAGUAACUCUCAUGGUGGGCUUUGUUAUUGGAUACCUAUUCUCUCGGCGAUUUCGUCAUCCUUUUUUUACGGACACUUCGCCGUUCAAUGAACAACACAACCAUUUAAACAGGCUCAGCCCAUUAGAGACUCCGUUAAAUGUGAACUCGGGGUACAACAUGCCGCCGAGGUCGAAGAACGUCAACAUGGUGGCUAACGUAUGCCCGCUCGCCAAACAAGACAACCUGCACCUCGAAUUGGGCAAAGAGCGCACUCUUGACCUACGCAACUCUACAGAAUCCCUCGACAAAGACUUAAAAUGCGGAACCUUACAGAAGGUUAAAAAGACUUACAUAUGAAAUAUAACCCAACAAACUGUAUACGGUACCAUUGCAAAGUGAUAGUGUGUUUGGUGACAGUUUAGUGAAGUGUGCCAAGUGAACCGAGCUAACUCGGCUGGAACUGUGUCGGUGUUAUUGCGUGAGAACUUUCGAUUCUUGUAAAUAUUGCGUUCAUAUGUACAGUUUACACAAGACUCGUGUUUUAAUUUUUACUGCGGCAGUAAACAAAUGCAUUUAGACGUUACGACACAAGAAAUUGCCAGAUACAAAGGACUUUUAUUGAAAUUUUAAACUGUAUCCACGUAUAGUUUCUUUUAAAGGGGCUAUUUUUAUUGUGUACGACGUUUUCCGUUAGAUUUAAACCCUACUCAUAAGUAUUAUGCAACAUAUAUGACUUAUAUUUAUAUAUUCCUUUUCAAAUAAUAUAUUAGCUCUACCCCUCCCAUCCUCGUAAACGUCUUACGUAAUGAUAGCCUCAGUGUCCUGUAGUUUGUAUAUCAUAUAAAUUACGGAGAUAUGUGGUUUCAGAUACAUUUAAUACUAAAUGUGACAAUCGCCGCCUGUAUUUAUCCGCUUUCCGCUUUAUAAGUACCUACCUACAUUAUUGACCAAAGGAACACUACGUGUAUAAGAUUGUCGAUUCAGUAUUAAGUGUAGUUACAAGUAAUAGGUACAUUCCAUACGUUAGAUAUACUUAUUGUAAUAUUCGCAGAGCAGCUCUUGUAAAUAUAAAUAAAUGUGUAUAUAUAGUGCUAAUAAUAGCGACUGGGCUUAGGGAUAUCGACAUAGAGAUGGCAAAACAGUUUUGAUAAAACGAUUAGCUAAUUUAUUGCAUAGUCCAAAUUGAUCAUUCGAGCAAUACAAAUAUUGUUACGAUGUAGAUAAAAGAGCGGCAAUUAUAGUUGGUCCGGUAAGAUAUUGCCAUUUGCGUUUGUAAGAUAUACCUCACCUCAUGAUAUAU